AUGAGAUUUUUCAACCAGGGCAGCAUCUUUGGUCAGACCAUCCCCAGUAACACCAUGAAGUGGCAGUUCACGGAGCCCGAGAACGGUCAGUCUGACUUCAGCGAAGGCGAGAAAAAGAUUGACUUGGCCAAGCAGUCAAGCAAGAGUCCGCUGCCACAACUUGGUCUGAACUGA